GUUUACUGCCUCAAAAAUCAAUAAUUGAAGUCCUAAAGCCAAAGCUACGUAUCCCCCAUCCAUCUCAUCCACAUAAAAGCCAACACUUCCCCUCUCUUUCUCUUCACUUUCACUUGAAGCCAAGCCUCGCCAAUGCUUAGACUCCCCACGCUUACACUACUCCUUGCCUUUCUCCUCCUGUUCUCUCUCGCUUUAAUCACCAAUGCCGCCACCGCCACCGCCACCAUUACUCAACAAUUCAAAGAAGCCCCACAGUUCUAUAACUCCCCAGAUUGCCCUUCAUUUGAUCAAGAUGACCCUGAUUCGGAAUCAGACUGUGGUGAUGACGAUAGUAUCAUCUUUUGCUCCGAUCAAGCAGUCCACGUAGCAAUGACUCUAGAUACGGCAUACAUACGUGGCUCCAUGGCAGCAAUUCUCUCUGUUCUUCAACACUCUUCUUGUCCCCAAAAUAUUGCUUUUCAUUUCGUCGCUUCCGCCUCCGCUAACGCUUCUCUUCUACGAGCCACCAUCUCCUCCUCCUUCCCUUACCUCAAAUUCCGUGUUUAUACGUUCGAUGACUCGUUCGUUUCCAGACUCAUCUCCACCUCUAUCCGCUCUGCUCUAGAUUGCCCUCUCAAUUACGCUCGCAGCUACUUGGCCAAUAUCCUCCCUUUAGGCGUCCGCCGAGUCGUCUACCUCGACUCAGACCUCGUCCUCGUCGAUGACAUUGCCAAGCUCGCCGCUACUCAGCUGGGUGAAAAAUCUGUUCUUGCAGCUCCUGAGUACUGCAAUGCGAAUUUCACUAUUUAUUUCACACCAACUUUCUGGUCUAACCCUUCUCUAUCACUCACAUUUGCGGAUAGAAAAGCGUGUUACUUUAAUACUGGAGUUAUGGUCAUCGAUCUCUAUCGAUGGAGGGCUGGAGAUUACACUUCAAAGAUUGAGGAGUGGAUGGAGCUGCAAAAGAGAAUGAGAAUAUACGAACUGGGUUCUUUGCCGCCAUUUUUGCUGGUUUUUGCAGGGAAUAUAGUGCCUGUUGAUCACCGGUGGAACCAGCACGGGCUCGGCGGAGAUAAUUUUAGAGGUCUCUGUAGAGAUUUACAUCCGGGUCCGGUGAGUCUCUUGCAUUGGAGCGGUAAAGGGAAGCCCUGGGCUAGACUUGACGCCAACCGGCCAUGUCCUUUGGAUGCUUUAUGGGCUCCAUACGAUCUCUUGCAGACUCCAUUUGCGUUGGAUUCUUGAAGAGAAAGGAACCAUUGCUUCAGUACCAUGAGCAUGAAUAUAAAAAGAUUAUGCUCCUCACCCAGAGAGAGAGACAGCGAGAGGGAGAGAAAGGGAGGGGGGAUGUGACGAGAUCAAGAAUUCAAGAUCAUAUACAGAUAUAUUGAAGCUUAGGCAAGUUGCCUUUGUAGAUGAUUAUACAGGUGUCUUUAUACAUCUAUCAAGAAUUAAUUCUGUUGAAAUUCUGAGUUUGAAAUUGUGAAGCAAGAAUAAGGAAGAACCCAGAAGAGGGGAUUCAUCAACUUUCAUUACAUCUUAGGCAUAUAUAUGCAUGGUUAAUUACAAUUGUAAUCAAAUUUCGCAUAACCAGAGAGCUGUUUUGGAUGUUCUCAUGAAUCAUUAUUUUGUUCUAUAA